UUCCACUCAACUUGGAAUUACCAUUCAUACCAGAUUAACGCUAUGGAGUCCCGCAAACAACCACCCUGGACCCCACCGUCACAUCCCUCCAUCUCCUUCUCCACCUCCACACUCCCUCCAUUAACAAUCUGGAACUCCCUAACAAGAUCCAAAACCCGCUUCAUCCCAAUCGACCCAACCGGAAAGAAAGUAACCUGGUACGCCUGCGGGCCAACAGUCUACGACGACGCACACCUCGGCCAUGCGCGCAAUUACAUGAGCACGGAUAUCCUGCGCCGCGUCAUGCGGGAUUAUUUCCGCUUCGAUGUGCGCUUUGUCAUGAACAUUACUGAUGUGGAUGAUAAGAUUAUUAUCCGUGGGCGGCAGCAGUAUUUGUUUCAGGGGUAUUUGGAGGAGAAUCCAGUGCUUACGAGGCGUGUUCUGAGGGAUGUGAGGGAGGCGUUUGGGGUUUAUGUGAGGGAGAAUUUGCGGCUUCUUGAUGAUGAUGAUGAUAUCGAGCCUGGGGUGUUUGCUGAGAGGGUUGAGGAUGUAUAUGGUGCUGUCCUCAGAGGAGGGGCGUUGGACCCGCAGGGGAAACCUGGUGAUAUUGAGGCGAAGAUACGGAUGCAUGUUAAUACGGUUAUUCCGGCUGCGGGGAUGAUUGCUAAGGUUAUGAAAGCCUUUGAAGCUCAACCGGAAGAGGUGAAUUCGUUGGAAGGAAGCAUAACGAGUGAUGCUUUUUACGAUGCUACCAAGGAAGUCUACCUUCCUUACAUUGAUAGUCUGAAGGGGUCGACUGUGCCAGGUGAUGCAUACGACAUCUUCACAAGACUCACCCGGAAAUAUGAAGACCAUUUUAUGAGAGACAUGCGAGCCCUAAACAUCCUGGACCCAGACGAAAUAACCCGAGUCACAGAAUACGGUCAAGAGAUCGCAGACUUCGUGGAGAAGAUCGUGGGAAAUCAAUUCGGAUACGUCACUCCCGAUGGAUCCGUCUACUUCGACAUAAAAGAGUUCGAGAAAGCCGGAAAUCACUACGCCAGGCUCGAGCCAUGGAAUCGAGAUAACCAGCCCCUGCAGCGAGACGGGGAGGGCGCAUUAGCCAAAGCCGUGCAGAAGAGAUCGCCAGAUGAUUUCGCACUCUGGAAGGCUUCUCGACCUGGUGAGCCAGCCUGGCCGAGUCCCUGGGGACCUGGACGUCCUGGGUGGCAUAUCGAAUGUUCAGCAAUGGCUUCGAGUCGAUUGGGGAGCCAGAUUGAUAUCCAUUCUGGGGGUGUUGAUCUGGCGUUCCCGCACCAUGAUAAUGAACUGGCCCAGAGCGAGGCGUUUUGGUGCCAUGGUCGCCAAUGGGUCAAUUACUUCCUGCACAUGGGACACUUGUCGAUCCAGGGGUCGAAGAUGUCGAAAAGCUUGAAGAAUUUCACGACGGUCCGCGACGCUCUUGAUCGAGGCGAUUGGACCCCGCGGGGGCUGAGGAUUGUCUUUCUAUUAGGCGGCUGGCGAGAUGGUGUUGAGAUAUCGGAGGAGCUGGUCAAGGCCUCGUCGUCCUGGGAAGAUAAACUAACCAACUUCUUCAUCAAGGCGAAGGAUGCUGCUAGUCGAGCUAGUCCAAAGUCUUCUGCUGAAUCCUCGCUAUUAGAGGCUCUCAAGGUGGCCCAGGAUAGGGUUCACGAACACUUUUGCGAUUCAUUCAACACGCCAAAAGCCAUGGGCGCUAUUUCGGAUCUGGUGUCAGUUUUCAACACCCAGGAUGUGCGGUCAUUGGAUCCAGCAGCGGUAGACGCCGCAGCACGAUGGGUGACUCGAAUCGUGACGAUUCUUGGACUGAACGGUGCAGCUUUACCUGAUAUUGCAGGCAUUGGAUGGGAGGGAAUUGACAUCCCUGAUGCUGCUAAACCGUUUGUAUAUCAACUAUCGGCUAUGCGAGACUCAUUGCGUCGUGCUGCUAAAUCGGAUAUCCCCAUUACCACUGAACAGCUUGAAAGGAUCAUAGAGCAAUCGGCCGUCACAGUUGGUGUUUCGGACGCCGCUAGACCAUAUGCCGGCAUCCUUGAUAGCUUCUGCUCGGGUAUUUCAUCGCUGAAGGAAGGGGGAGUAAAUAUUUCAAAAGAAAUACUCUCCCUAUCUGAUCGUCUACGCGAUGUUGACCUUUUCAAUCUCGGCAUUUACCUUGAAGACCGGGAAGAUAUGCCGGCCCUAGUUCGGGCAGUGACUAGGGAUAUCAUACAAGCCCGUGAAGAACUUGCUCAACAAGCCAAGCGCAAACAUGAGGAGAAGGAUAAGCAAGAUAAACUUGUCCGCGAGAGGCUUGAGAAGGGAAAAGUAGGUCCUUUGGACAUGUUCAAGACCAACGAGUUUAGUGCCUGGGAUGAGGACGGGCUUCCGACGAAAGACGCAGCAGGGGAGCCGGUGAAUAAGAGUCGCAGUAAGAAGCUGCGAAAGGAGUGGGAACGACAGAAGAAGGCUCAUGAAGUCUGGCUUUCUGCCAAUAAUUGAUUUUGUUGGUUUGACGUGAACCAUGUAGAGCAUCCAACUCUGUUUCUUUUGGCGGUGUUUAUAGAUUGUUGGAUCUUACUAGUUUUAAAUUAUAAAUACACUUUUAAGCCCCAC